AUGUCUAAUAUAAAUUUAGAAAGCCAACUACGAGAUUUUCAAUCGCAAAGGUUUCCUACAGAUGAACAAACAAUCAUAAAUAAUGCAUCAGUGCUAUAUAGACGGAAGAAGUACUUCCUUCAGGAUUUGCGUGCAUCUAUGAAGUUUUUGGGGUUCAUAUUACUAGGAAUUGUAUAUUUACGGGAUUUGUCAAUGUUGAGAUUGGUGAUCAGGGCAUUCACACAGUAUUCAAUUUCAAACCCGUAUCCUACUCCAAGCAUGAGGGUAACGGUGUCUGAAGAAAGUAAAAAAGCAUUGACCAAGUUUCUCCUUAUCGGAGUGUUUUCAGGAAAUGCAUUCUGUUUCCUCAUACAUUUGCUAUUCGGUAGCUACAAAAUCGCAGAGUCUACAAACGGUUUCUUACACGGUGGAAUGACGCUUCAAUUUAUAGGAGAAAGAGUACCGUACUCGACUCUAGAGCUAAUUUUACUUGAUCUUGGUAUAUUCUUUGUCCAAGUAGUCUAUCACAGCUUGAUGUGCAUGACUGAUGAUUCCAAGGUACUCGAGAUAAAUCAUCCACACACAAAUACGGAAAAUACUAUAGACAGCAUCGAAAACAGUGAACUCGAAGGAGAUGGAUAUAAUGGAAAUGUACAGCUUCUAACCAUUGACAUACUAGGCAACAUCCUCAAGGUCAUGCUGUUCAAAGAGCGAUUUCAAAUACAGGCUUCCACUUUUUCGGAACAAGCUCCUGAGCCGACUCCACAACAUCCAAUGCCUGGAUCAUUCGUAUAA